AUGUCGGACAUUGAUCCCAAAAUUAGGUAAUUUAAAAUUUCGUUAUUUAAUUGGUCGAAAAGUACGUAGAGUGUUUUUUUUUAAUUGCCAUUUUAAAUGUGACCUUGUUUUAGUCAUUUGAAAAUACCUGCAAGUGCUUUUAAAGAACUUCAAGCACUGGUCGAUAAGCCUGUAGCCGAGAAGAAUAAGAAUCUUCCAUCACUUGGCCCUCGCAACAGAUAUAAUGCCACAAUCCUGUCACUGUUUACACUCGGAUACCUCAAGUAGGUUAAUUUAACCUUUUGCAAGUUUUUUCGGUCAAUUUUUAAGUCAUUAGUGUAACCAUUUACAUUUGAUCAAAAAUUACAAUUAUAGCUGCAUAAUGAAUGAAAUGUACCUAGCCGGUUCUUCUUUAGCUAGUCUGGUUUCCUUUCUGAUUGGUCUAACAACCUUGGAGUGGUUCAAUUUGUACGGUAAUGGGUUAUCACGGCAGAGGAAGGCGUUCCUGAACGUGAAGAACGUGCUGGAGACAUACAAAGUUCACAAUCGGACACACGGCCAUCUGUUCCAACCCGAGCCCGACACUCCGAAGCCAGAUGCAUGCUGUGGACCACCUCCACCACCUGGAGAGAGCCCCAUGAACAUAGUAGGCCAGCAAAUAAUCAAAGAAACCGCCAACAUUGGUACUUCUCAAGACGCUGCUUUUGAUAAGGUGGGUUAAUAUCUUACUGUAAUGCUUGGUUUACAAGUAAUUGCUAUAUCAUUAUCAACUUGUUUUUUUCAUAUACCAUAAUACUAUAUUUUGUAUCAUACUAAAUUAUAUAUGCCUUAAUAUGAACGCUCUAGUCAGUCCAAGACCAUUAUGGAGGAAUGUACGAUCAAAUCAAGCGAAUGAAUGCAGAACUUAACACUUUGAAGACCAAUAAUGAAGCUCUGAGUGCUGGAACUCUUGACAGUAAGUUUUUUUUCUCAUUCAGUUUACUAAUUUAUAGCUUUUUGUUUAAAGCUUACUUCCCAGAUGUCACUAUGUGAUUUACUUUCAGGUGGAACCAGCCAGAAGCUAGUCCCAGUCGACCUUCCCUUACCUGGCCAAGAGAGGAAGAAUAAGUCCGAGAAGAAAGAUAAAUAA